AUGGGCUGGUGGAAAGCAGAUCCCGGCCCAGCGCCUGAAGUGCUGCAAGCGCCACCACCCGCAGUAUCGUCAAUCCCUCCCCAUGCUCAAUUCAACCACCCACAACAUCCCUCGAUAGAUUCCGCUUCAGCUUCAGCUUGCCCCGUCGACCCCAAGACUCGAGAAAUAUGGCUCCAACAGGCCCAACAGAUGAAAAGGCCACAAUCACCAGUAGAAGCAACGCAGACGCGUGCACAGACAUCACAGCCUUCCCUCCCGGCCUCGCAUCCUCCACUACCCAGCAGGCCGGCGGCAACAAUAUCGUCCCAAGAAUGCUCCUCAGACCGCAUCUCCCAGGGGCCUAGCCUGGAGACUCACUCACCGGCGUCGUACCAACCCGCACAGCCCCUCUCGCACGGCCGGGUAGUCUCCUCCAUCCCACGCGCAUUCCCCCAACAAUCCGCACAAGAACCCUCUCAUCAGACACCAACAAGUACAAGCACACCAGCAAACUCCGAAUCCGAAACGGGCGCCUCCGCAGGCGGCAACUGGAUCUACCCGUCUGAGCACCAAUUCUUCCACGCCGUGAUGCGCAAACAGACGCUCUCGUCCUCCAACCCUUCCGACCUGGCCCAGUCAAUUUCGUCCAUCAUCCCCAUCCACAACGCCGUCAACGAACAGGCCUGGGUACUCAUAAAACGGUGGGAGAAAGGGACAUCGGACGCCUGCGGGGGCCCAAAAUUGCUCUCCUUCCAAGGGCUGGGCGCCGGAGCCAAAUCGCCAAAAGCCAGAUGGAACUCUCUAUGGGGUUAUACCGAACCCUUUGAUCGUCACGACUGGGUCGUCCAGCGCUGCGACGGGAGCAAAGUCGAGUAUGUCAUUGAUUUCUACCAGGGCAAGGCUUCCGAAAGCAAGAACGGAAAGCAAGGAAACAGCGCUCUAAAUUUCUACCUGGACGUGCGGCCCAAGCUAAAUACUAUGGAAGGGUGGAGGAUGAGAGCAGAACAGUUGUUCGGAUUGAGAUGA